UUCAAUUUCUCUUCAGCGCGGUUUUCGUUCGACCAAAUUAGUUUUUAGUUUUAGAGUAAUUAGACAGAAAUGAAUUCUAUCAAUAAAAUUACUGUGGUGCUUUUGAUAGGAUUGGUGCAAUAUAACAGAGCUCAAAAUCCUUAUUACUUUAUAAAACAAUGCCAUAUUUCCGAUACGGACGUCAACCAAUGUCUGCGACAAUCCACCAAUUACCUCGUAUCAAACAUACGUAGAGGCGUUCCAGAACUGAACCUAAACGAUCCAGAGCCAGUAUUCAUCGACGAAAUUCAAUUGGCUUUGGGCAGCGGGCCAGAUGAUUACAGAGCCAUUUUUAAGAAUAUCGAAGCUUAUGGCGUUAGCAAUUGUACUGUGACUGCCGUAAGGUCAGACAUAGAAACCAAUCAAUUCCAAUUCACGCUGUACAUUCCGAAAAUAUCAGCAACAGCUAAAUACGAGUCCAGUGGCAUUUUGUUACUUAUCAGAGCUUCAGGUGGAGGAAAUUAUUGGGGAGAAUAUGAGGGUGUCAAAGUGAAAGCUUACUUGAGAGCUAGUAAGGCGCUAGGCGAAGAUGGACAAACUUACUUGCAAUUGGAACAAAUCAAAAUGGACUUUAGUGUUAAGGAUAUUCGGAUGGGUGUUGAUGGUAUUCAUAAUGGCAACGCCGUUUUACAAGCUGCACUGAACCUGUUCAUCAACUCCAACGCUCAAGAGCUCCUGAAGGAAAUGAAACCUCAUCUAAAAAAGAAACUUUUACUGUUAAUGAGUGAUUUUGUAUCAAAAAUAUUCGAAACUGUUCCUUAUGACGCUAUGCUAACUAAUUGAUUAGAGAAUUAUAUCUUUAAUAUUUAUUUUGAAAUGAAUUUGCAUUAUUUAUUAAAAAUCAUUUUGUGAUAACU